UCGCCCAGGCGCGCGCCGCUGCCGCCCUUGGGAGGUGAGCGGACAUGAGCGGGAAUGGUGGGACCAAGGCCCUGGAGCUGUUGCGGUCGCUGCCCAGGGUCAGUCUGGCCAACCUAAGGCCCAGCCCAGGCUCCAAAAAGCCGGAGAAAAGGCGUGGCCGUGGAAGACAUGGAGGUAGGAAGUGUGGUCGAGGUCACAAAGGAGAAAGACAAAGAGGAAAUCGCCCCCGAUUAGGCUUUGAGGGUGGUCAAACUCCAUUUUACUUGGCCAUACCAAAAUACGGGUUUAACGAUGGACAUAGCCUCAGGCGGCAGUAUCAACCUCUCAGUCUUCAGAGGCUGCAGUACCUGAUUGAUUUGGGCAGAGUGGACCCCACGCAGCCGAUUGACUUAACGCAGCUCACCAACGCCAGAGGUGUAACCGUGCAACCGCUCAAAAGGGAUUACGGUGUCCAGCUGGUGGAGGAGGGUGCUGAUAUCUUUACAGCAAAAGUAAAUAUUGAGGUGCAGAGGGCAUCUGAAUUAGCAAUUGCAACCAUAGAAAAAAACGGGGGAGUUGUGACAACAUCAUUCUAUGAUCCAAGGAGUUUGGAAAUUUUAUGUAAGCCAGUAGUCUUUUUCCUGCGUGGCCAGCCCAUUCCAAAGCGAAUGCUUCCACCUGAAGAUCUAGUCCGUUACUACACGGAUGCCAGGAAUCGUGGGUACCUGUCAGAUCCAGCCAAGGUUGCAGAAGCCAGGCUUGAACUUGCCAAGAAAUAUGGUUAUACCUUACCAGACAUAACCAAAGAUGAACUCUUCAAAAUGUUAAGCAUGCGCAAGGAUCCUAGACAGAUAUUUUUUGGUCUUGCUCCAGGAUGGAUCGUAAACAUGGCAGACAAGAAAAUUCUAAAACCAACUGAUGAGAAGCUGUUAAAAUACUAUAGUUCAUGAAUUCAGAACUGGAGACAACUGCAGGUGCACAGGAAACAUCUGGAGAAUAACAAGAAAUGGACGAAUUUUUUUGUUGGUGUUUGUCAACCAGGCCAGAUUUUCCCUUCACUCAACAAACUGCCCUGUCAAUUAAUGUGAGCAUCUGUAAUGACAAGACAAAAUAAAACAAGUCUUCUAUUCUCAUGAUGAUUAAAUGGUCUGAAAUACAGAGAAUAACAAUGGAAAGUCACUAAUUUUUGACAACUUACUCUCCAGCUUCUAUUGUCUGUUGUUAAUGUGUGUUAGAUGCUAUCAGUAAUGGUCGUUCUCCUGACCUGUGGUUUAAGUAUAGGUGAAACACAGCAAAACACUACCAGUAUAAUAUUGGAUUGUGAAUAGCAGGAAUUUGCUCUUGGUGGUGUUAACAUUCAUGUUUUAUAAGGUGCACAACACUUUUUUGGCACAUUAAGAAUAAUACCGUGUACCAAAAAAAGUAUAGCUAGUGUUAACUUGAAUGUGAAGUAAAUAACUUUCUCACUUUAGAUGUAUCCUGUUCUGCAUCCUGAUGAUUGUUGGUUUGGAAACUUAAAUGACAAGCAAUACUUUUUUUUUUUAAAGUUUUUUUUUUUCUUUUUGUUAUUACAAUACUACUGCCUCCAUUUGGGAAGGAGUUGGAGGGGGGGAAGAGUAUUUAUUGCCUUCCCUUAUUUGUGCCAUAAUGUUUCUGUUUUUAUGAAUCGAUUCACAAUUGUAUUUUGUGGAGGUGGUGGUACUCAACAGGAAAGCUACUUAACUGGAAGCAAAGAAGGAAGUUAGUCAUAUUAGUGAAGACCAGAAGACAAAAGUGUUUAUGUAUCAUUGUGUAUUUUGGGGAGGAGAAAAGGGGGGGAAGGCAACUUUGUUUCCACUCCUGCUCUUUGUAUUAAAAUGAACAAACUGCUCUCAGCAA